AUGACGAAGAAUAACUUAGCGACUCAUCUCAAAUGGUUAUUGACCCAAGGGAAACCUCCGUGCGCCCCUCUGGCUCAACCCGGCUUACCUGGACGCGACAAUCGCGUACUGCCGCAACCGCCUUCCCCCGCCAACGAGUUCGCAGCACUUGAUGAUAUCCUUGAAGACGUGGAGAAUGAGACAGACGAAGCGAUGGCUAGAUUGCUGCCCCAAUCUGCGAGAAAACCUCGAAUGCUAAGCCGAAAUGACACGGUUCCAACGAAUGCCCCAUCACCUUCGAAGAGACGAACUUCGCCUAAGCAAUCAAGCAUAGCUCGAGAUUCAUUCCGUGAACCACCACUAUCAUCGUACAAACCUCCACGACAAAAACCUACUCCGCUGCGCUCAGAAAGCUUCAACAUUCCUGGACGCGAUGACAUUGAAUCGAUUGAUUUGACAGGGGAGCUCGAUCGUUCCACGUUGUCAUCGGAUACAGUCAAACUCGGAGAGUCGCGCAGGUCAUGGGCAGAAGAAAGCACGCCAUGUGGAACCCGUGAGAAACGCGGCAAGAAGCGCAAGAGUGACGAGUAUACAUCUGACCUUCUUUCGCCGUCCAAACAUGGAACGAAAGUGCGAACUCCAUCCAAAGCAUCCCGACUCACGCCUGCAAUGGAUAUUCUAUCGGGACAGUCCACAUUUGCACUUCAAUCAACCCAAGUGAAUCCUCCAAGCGCAGUGAAACGAUCCCAAGAUCAGCCAGACGUGGCUCCACAAAGCCACCGGAAACGAGUCAUUGCAGAUUCGGAUGAUGACGAUAAUCUCUUUGACGACUGGAUUGACAAUGAUGAUGCGGCCGAUGAAAUGGUUCUGGACGCCGAUGAGAGUUUUUACCCCAUACUCCCUAAGAUGAGCCCGGCGGCAGAUAGAACACAGAUCGAUAUCAAGCUUUCGCGGUCAGAAUCGACACCCAAAGCACCACUUCCACCUGCAGAACCGUCAACCCGGACCAAGAAAAAGCCGAUUGCUCAAGACCCUAUACCGUCCACACCGUGGUCGAAACCAUCAAACUCGGAGGAGAAAAAUCCUGAUCUUCUAGAGUUUUUGGCUCUUGAAAAAAAUGCCUUUGGACAUGCAAUCGCCAAGUUGAGGGCGACUCUGCAGAAGAAUUCCGAAAUAGUUUAUCAACAGGCCAUGGAAGGCCAGCCAGUCCCAGAAUUGAUCGCCGAGAACAAGAAUCUUGUCUCUCAAAUUGACACAAUUGAAUCAUUACAAAAGAAUCAGAACAUACACAAAGGCCAUGUCUCUCGCAAGCAGGACCUGAAGCAAAAAUUGAUACGCGCCAUCUCACAAGGUCUUGAUCCAACUACAAUGCCAGAAGAACUUGCGCAGAGCCGAACAGUUGAAGCAGAGUUAGAGCAAAUCGAAACAAAAGUCUGUCAACUUCUAUCUCAAGUUAACAUACUUGAGUUGGUACACGAUUAUCCCUCCAUGGAACAUACCCAUCCAGCCCCUGACAACCGUGCAGUCACGCGGAAGCCACUCCCUCUCUCUUCUUUCGCUUCUCAGCAGGUCUAUUCAGACUCAGAAUCUCACAAUCACCAACAGUUGCCUCUUACAAGUCUCAAAAAGACGAAAGAGAUACCUCGGCCGAACAGCAAUGAAAAUUUGAUUUCUCGCAAUAUGGGCACUCCUCCGAUUGCUUCUAUCGAUUUUGAUGAAUUUGACUGGAAUGUUAGCGACGAUGAGAUAUUAGAGGCCGCAGGGGGCAUUCAUGCUGCUCACCAGAUACCUGUUCGUGAUCAAGCUAGUCAAAAUCGCAAAGUCUUUGCAGAGACAUCCGCGAACAUCCCAAAGGUCCCUGUUCCAAAGAAGUCACCCGGUCACAGUGCCUUCUGGUCAAACCAUCCAUGGUCUCAAGAAGUGCGAAAAGUAUUGAAGGAUCGAUUCCACCUCCGAGGAUUUCGACCAAAUCAGCUUGAGGCCAUUGACGCAACUCUUGCUGGUAAAGAUACUUUCAUUCUCAUGCCCACUGGAGGUGGCAAGUCCCUGUGCUAUCAACUGCCUUCUGUGGUAAAAGGUGGGACCACUACAGGAGUGACGAUCGUGAUAUCUCCAUUGCUGAGUUUAAUGGAGGAUCAGGUUUCACACCUGCGAAAAUUGAAUGUCAAGGCAUUCAUGGUCAACGGCGAGACCCCGUCAGAGGAAAAAUCGUGGAUCAUGAGCCAGCUCUCGAGGGGAGGUGGGGAGGGACUAGAAGUGCUGUACAUCACUCCGGAGAUGCUCAGCAAGAGCCAAGCCUUAAUUAGAGCCCUACAGAAUCUUCAUCAAGCAAAUAAACUGGCGCGUCUCGUCAUUGACGAGGCACAUUGCGUCAGUCAAUGGGGACACGAUUUCCGACCUGACUACAAAGAGCUGGGAGAGGUUCGAGCCAAGCUCCCUGGAGUGCCAGUCAUGGCCCUGACAGCCACCGCCACUGAGAAUGUCAAAGUGGACGUGAUGCACAAUCUCAAAAUCACAGAUUGUGAAGUGUUUUUACAGAGUUUCAACCGCCCUAAUCUCACUUACGAGGUACGAUCGAAGGGAAAGAAUGAUGAAGUCUUGGCCAGCAUGGCGGAAACUAUUAUGGGCUCUUACCGGAAUCAGUGUGGCAUUAUCUACUGUCUCUCGCGAAAGACGUGUGACAAGGUUGCGGAGGACCUCCGGAAACAGCACCGGCUUAAAGCACUUUCCUACCAUGCGGGUAUGACUGCAAAAGCGAAAUCGGAAGCUCAAAGCAACUGGCAGAUGGGUAGGGCUCAUAUCAUAGUUGCCACCAUUGCAUUUGGAAUGGGCAUAGACAAAGCCGAUGUGCGAUUUGUCAUGCAUCACAGUAUCCCAAAGAGCCUCGAAGGAUAUUAUCAAGAAACUGGUCGUGCUGGUCGUGAUGGCAAACGUUCUGGCUGCUACCUUUAUUACGGCUACAAAGACGCAGCAACUUUAAAGCGAAUGAUUGACUCAGGAGAUGGUAAUGGCCAGCAAAAAGCCCGUCAGAAACAAAUGUUGAGAAAUGUGGUUCAAUAUUGUGAGAACCGCAGCGAUUGCCGACGAGUUCAAGUCCUCGCCUAUUUCGCCGAAUACUUCCGCCGAGAGGACUGCAACAAUACUUGUGACAACUGCAAAUCCGAUUCAGUGUUUGAGGUCCAUGACUUCACUGAACAGGCAUCCUGGGCUAUCAAGAUUGUGCGACAAUUCCAGAACACAACGGAAAAGGUGACUGUACUAUACUGCUGUGAUAUUCUGCGUGGGGAUUGCAAACGGCCUAAAGCCCCAGAGCAUCGUAAGAUGCCAGGAUAUGGAAAGGGAGCUGACCUCGACCGCGGAGGCGCGGAACGUCUAUUCUACCGACUGCUCGGUGAAGAUGCGUUGGCAGAAGAUAACGUGAUCAAUAAAAGUGACUUUGCUAUUCAGUACAUCAUUCUCGGCCGUCGUGCCGCAGAGUAUGAAAGUGGACAACGACAAAUGAAAUUGCAGGUUCGCGCCUCGCCGAAUGGCAAGGCUAAAGCCAAGAGCAAACCCCAGAUUGCUGCACAGAAGAAAAAGUCUGGCAACCAAGGCGGCGACCCUCAGUCUACCAUGGUCUCGUCUCCAGUACUAGCUGCUCAAGAUCGUCGUCUUGAGCGGUUUCAAUACAAUGGUGCGCAGACCGCACAUUUCUCGGCCGAUGAGGAUAGUGACGGCUUUGAGCCGAUCCGAACAUCUGGCAAGCCUCGCCGCGCGAAUACACAUGAGAUGGGUCCUCCAAUCACCAGCGAUCAGAAGCUAGACCGGCUUGACCAGAUGCAUCGUGUGGUUGUGGAAGACUUCCAAGAGCAUGCCAAAAUCAUGCUCCAAGAUCUUGUGGUCAAAAUGGGUCUUCGUUGCCAGCCUUUCUCUGACCAAGUGCUACGUGAUAUGGCCAUCUCCUUCCCCAAAAAUCUUACUGAGCUUUCAGCGAUCCCGAACAUUGAUCAGGAUAAGGUGAAACGCUAUGGCCGACAGAUCCUGGGACUAGUCGAUAAUGCAAAGCGACGCUACCAGGAAAUGACGCAGGAAGCAGAAACCAGCGGCGUUAUCCCAGAUCCCAACCACCAUAAUGUCAUCAAUCUCAGUAGCAGUGAUGAGUACAGUGACGACGAUUUGUUCAUGGAUGAGGCUUCCACUUUCAACUUGGACAACCCCGUCUCAACUGCGCCACUUAAUGGAGCUGAAAGCAUUACAAGUCGCUACUUCCCUCCACCCGUAUCCCCGGGUUAUGAUUCUGCCGACGACUGGGAAUCUGGUCCUGCGCCUUCUGGCUCCAAAGGUCGCAAGCGCCAAUCUGCCAGUGGGAAACGUCCACCACGACGGAAAGGUGGCUCCACUGGCAGCUGGAAGGGCAAAGGAGCACGGUCAAAGCCCAAAUCAAGCGAUCGUGCGGCAAGCCAGUCAUCUGCGCCACGAAGGAUUGCAAAACCUAAAACUACCAAGUCCACGAUUGGAAUGAUGCCUAUCUGA